UGACUCGAGUGAAACAGGAGACUCUUCGGAACGGACGUCGGCUGAAAAGCGGAGUGUGCGAACAUGAGCUAACAAAUGUCCGAUCAAAAGUGUUUUAUGUGGUCUUUUUCUUGCUUUUAACUAUAGAGAGAAAGGCUGAUGGCUAAAUAAUGGCUAGGACUAAAACAACACCAGUCAAAUCUGCUCAAAAACAAAAAAAGGAACGAGCUUCUUCGCGGAAACGCGAGAAGUCAUCGGUCGCUGGAACGGCGGAUCUACAAAGUCCUGCGAGCAAAGCGUCAUCUCGGGUUAGCUCAAGCUCUUCGCGAAGACGUUCUACGAGGAAGAAUACUUCUCAUGGAAAAGGCAAAAAACUAGUUAACAACAAUGACAAUCUGCCACCGGAGCUGCGUCAGGCUGGGCUCAUCGCACACCAAGGCAUGUCCCAAGGCAAAUGCUUUGGCCCUUUUAGAGGAGAAAUAAUAAAGAAGAAACGCCCUCCAUCUGAGAUGCAUUCCUUGAUAUGCGAUGUUGGGAGCGUUGAUGGCUGUACCUAUCAUUUCUAUGCUCACAAAGAUCACCAAGACCAAUGCAAAUGGCUGCAGCAAAUGCAGACAGCACCAAAUCCAGAACAGCAGAACAUUGUCGCUCAUAACUCAGCUGCAGGUGUCAGUUAUGAGGUUGCAAGGGAUAUCAAACAAGGGGAGGAGCUUCUUGUUCUCUUUAAUGACAGCUAUGGAGGAAAAAAGUACCCAGCUUACAUUGAAAAUAUGCCAGUCCAGUUUGUGCCACAACCUGAGCUACUAACAGUAGUCCCUCUUGAGUAUAAGAAGCAGCUUGGUGUUACCACAAGUGACAAGUCCCCAAUGCAGGAAGCCAGUGGUGAGACAUUGAGUGAUGGCACAUGUGGUGAGGAAGACACUACUGCUGAUGAUGAUGAUGCUGGUGAUGACAAUGGUUAUAUUGAUUCUGAUGGUGAUGAGAACGAUGAGUAUGACGAAGGUUGCGAAGGUGAUGAUGAUGUUCAAGAAGAUGAUGAUGUUGAGGAGGGUGAUGAUGCUGAUGCUUCUGAAUCUGAUGGUGAAGAAGAUACUGAUCAGGCUGAGGAACCAGAAUGGACAAACAAAUCAUCAAAAGCCACAGGGAAGAAAAAAACAAAUACUUCCAAAAAGACGAUUAAAAAUGCAAAAGAGCCCAAGAAGAGGCGCAAUGCUUUGACAGUGUUGGAAAUCAAGUCAACAAAUGAAAUGACUAAAACAGAGAGCGUGGUAUUCAAGUGCAGUUACUGUGCGAUCGAGAGUAGCGAUAAGGAGGUUGCCGAAAAACACGUGAGCUCCGGGGACUGCUUGUCUCUAGAGUUCAGUUGCCCCACGUGUGGGCGCACUUUCCAAAGCAAACACACGCAGGUGAAGCACGUGUGUGCUGGAAAACCAAAGUGUUCUGUUUGUGAUAAAGAGUUCCAUGACUGGAAUGCCCUUAUGACACAUAUUCGUAAUCAGAAAAACAACCCCGAGCACAAGAACAGUUGCAAGGAGUGUAAUGUCGAAUUUGCCGACAAGCGAGAAAAGCGUCGUCACGUGCGUGUGUCUCACCCACCCCCCCAGGGGGAGCUGAAGUGUCAUAUAUGCGAAAAGGUGUACAGUAACAAGCACUACUUGCGUGACCACAUCAAGACGCACAACCCAGACGGAUUCAAGUGUCCGGAGUGCGGGAAAAACUUCUCGUCUGGUAGCAACUUGCGCAAACACGUGCGAAAACAUAAGCCGGGAUACAAGCCGUACAAAGACAAACGCGUGCAUUUGCCGAGAGAGAGAAAACACGAAUGCAUGGAAUGUCAGAAGCUCUUUGACUCCCCGAAUGCACUAGAAGUUCAUUUCCGUACCCAUACCGGAGAGCGGCCAUACCUGUGCGAGAAAUGCGAGUGGAAAUUCUCUCAAAAGGGUCAUCUAGAGCGUCAUAUGCGGACAGUGCACCGUCCGCUCACCUCAGAAGAGGGAUCUGAAAGCCAGAGGCGCAUUCCCCCUGCUGAACAGCCUCAGACAUGUGACAUCUGCAAGAAGGUGUAUGCGAGCGCACGAGUGCUCAAGGUACACGUACAGACCGUGCACGAAGGGGAGCGACCACACAAGUGCAAGUACUGCGAAGCCACGUUCACACAGAGAGGUCACCUGUGGCGUCACAAGCACACCGUGCACCCGGACUGCGAGGAGGUGCAGCAGAAGAUCAUGUCUGGGGAGCACGUGUGCAGUGUGGAGGGGUGUGGUCUUAGGUUCCCUUGCGGCUCAGACCUCACCGUCCAUAUGUCCUCCAAACACAACACUACCUGGCCCUUCGCUUGUGAACAGUGUGGCGUAACGUUCGCAAACAGAAGCAACCUAAGUAAGCACAUUCGGCGGCGUCACUCUGACCCGAACGUUGACCAGAACACGUGCGGGACGUGCUACCAGACGUUCGAGAACACCCUGGAGCUUAUGCAGCAUAGAAGGUCACAUACAGGAGAUAAAGGCUUUCAAUGCGAGCUGUGUGGACAAGGCUUUGUGCAGAGAUCAGGGCUCAACAAACAUCUCAGGUGUCGAAGAUGUCCAAACAUCGAAGGCUCUGCUGUGAAGAUAGCACUAAGGAAGUACGAGUGUAACGUCUGCAAUCGCAUGUUCCCCGGCCCGUCCGACCUGAAGGCCCACCGCCGGACACACACUGGCGAGAAACCGUUUGAGUGUCCAGUAUGUCAUAAAGCCUUUAGUCAAACAGGGAACCUUAGCAAACAUGUCAGGUACGUCCACGAGAAGCAGCAACGACCAAAAGAGAAACCACGAGACAAGAAGUACUUCUGUAGUUUGUGCGGCAAGGCGUUUCUGUGCCCAAGCAGUCUGUCAAUGCACUGUAGGACCCACUCCGGCGACAAGCCAUACGCAUGUGAACAGUGCGACGCCUGCUUCGCGCAGGCGGGAAACCUGAAGAAGCACCUAAACAGGUGGCACAACCCUGACAACCCCGUGAAACGAGGGACGCGCAAGCGAGGGCGUAAACGGAACAGCGUGGACAAACAGGAAAGCGGUAAACUUCAAAAGGAGACUGGGUUUAACCUAGAAACCGCUGACCAAAGCCAGGGGGCGGCUCUCGCUAGCGAGGACGACGAGAGCUACAGUGGCGACGAGAAUCAGACCAAGACCAAUGAAAGCAGAGAACAACAUGGAGACCCGGAUGUCGCAGUCACGAGCUCUCUCCAGCCAUACACAGGGAAUCCACGAGCCUGCACUCCGUUGAAUAGUGUGAAUCAAGGUCACGUGACCCCACUAAACACAGCACUAGCCUCGAUUGCAUGUAGCACCACAUUCCAAAGGAACCCCAUCAUCAUGAGCCACUUUGUCAACACGACUACUGUCCCACUUACUCAGGCGGUUCCCUCGGUCCAUGUUACUCAAGGUGUCCUGCAGCCCCAGCAGGUGGAGGUGUCGUGCCCCCCAGGGACGGUCCCUAGCAGCUCCGUGGUCCUCCCACACAUGCACACGAUAUUUUCUCAGCAGAUGUCAAACGCGCCGUUCGUGCCCCCUGCCAUCUUAAUGGGACAGGGGACCCAGCCAGACAUGACGAUAUUCCCUUUCUCGCCCUCUGCGCUAUUCCAGCAAUGAAACAUUAUUGGUACAUUACGAAAGCAUCCCAUGACAUGACCAUAUUUCUCGUCCUCUCCGUUAUUCCAGGGUCGAAGCAUUAGUGGCACAAAAGGAAGUGUAUAACUAGGGGCGUGGCAGGGUAAGGGGGCACAUUCCCCCAUUAUAAAAGAAAAUAAGGGAUUUACCAAUUGGGGCAUGGCUGUUCCCCCAAUAUUCUUAAUAUUCUGUUUCAUGCCCUCCCCCCCCCCCCCCCCCCGCCUAUUAUUUCUAGCCGGGAUACAGCUCUGAUACCACACAAAUAAUUGCAUAUUUGUACAUGGCCAUGACAUAUUGGCAUUGUACAAGGGUAUAGUGUUAAAACGGCAUAAGCUCGCGUGUAAAACAUAAGCUCAUGUCAUAGAACAUAAGAGCGAGCAUAAGCUGAAAUCUAGAACGUAACGGCAUAAUGCCAUAAGCAUUAGCAUGUAAAACGUUUUUAGACCAUUCAUUGUACUAGUGUGUUAUAACGUGAUAUAACAUAGGGACGCCAUUCAGUAUCCAGUAAACACAUUUUAUAAAAAAGUAAUAAAAUAGGAACCAACCUUA